GCGAAAAUUGGCCUUUUUCCAGCGUCUUUGCCAGAACCAGUCUCGGAAAAGUCAUGGCCAAGGCCGCGUCGUCUGGCUGCCACUGGUGGCCGCUGCCCAUCCUAAUCACGGUUGUCGCCGGCGCCAGCGUCGGCAUCACAUACGUCACCAAGACCGGCGUCUUUGGCUCGGGCAGCUCGUCGUCGUCAAAUAAUGCGGUCGUCGAUGGCACCGUUGUCAGUGGCAACACGACCGUGCCCUCCACGUGCAAGUCGCGCGGCAGCUACCUCGACGGCAAGACGUGCAAGACGUGUCCAGGCACGAAGAACGGCAAGUCGUUUGCUAUCUUUUGGGAGUCGCAGACCGACGGCUGCCUCGAUUUUGUCAAGAGCGAAGCUGCGCAGUACGUGACCCACGUGUACUGGGGCUUUGCGACCAUCGGCACGGACGGGUCGGUCGACCAGACGUUCCAGGGCAACGACGCGACGCUCAAGGCGUGCAUCGCCGCCAUGAAAAACAAGUGCAUCAAGCAGUAUGCGAGUAUUGGCGGCGCCAGCGUCCGUGCGAACUUUCUCACCAUCAACACCCCCGCCGCCUACGCCAAGUUUGCCAGCACGGCCACGUCCCUCGUGCAAAAGUUUGGGUUUGAUGGCGUCGACAUCGACGACGAGAGCGGCAACUUGGGCGCCAAAGGUGACUGGAAGACGAACGCCGGCCCACAUGUCAUUGGGUAUCUCAGUGCAUUGCGCAAGGCGCUCGACGGGCUCCCGCUGAAGAGCGGUGAGCCCAAGUACAUCGUUACGUGGGACGAGCUCCCGGCCGCGUUCGACAAGACAUGUAAUGACGCAGGCGGUGACUACAGCCGGUGCUUUGAGCCCAAGAUCCUCCAGUACGUCGAUGAAGUCAACAACAUGAUGUACAAUGCCUUGAGCGCGACGAUGGACGGAUGGCUUGCGGCUGUGCCCACGACGUGGGCGACAGCGAUCGGAAAGGACAAGCUGCUCAUUGGCCAGUGCGUCGGCAAGGGCGCGGGGUCGGGCAUCUGCGGCGAAUACGGUGACGCGCCGUCGCCCAAGCAGCUCGUGGCCGCGGCGUCGGCCGGCGCCAACUACAAGGGCGCGAUGCUAUGGACUGGCUCGUACGACUGGGUCAACGGCCAAGGCGGCGUCAUCACUUCGAUGGGCAAGGCCGGCAACUACGGCACGGGCCUCAAGUAGGCACCGACGUCCUCGUAUUUUUGUUAACGUUACUCUGUAAGCCGUACGACGUGGGAUGUAUUACCACGAGGCGAACACAUCAUUAGUUUCGCAAGCUG